AGAAAGAAAAAAAAAACCAAAUUACAAGUUUCCCAGUCCAGUAGUGCUUUGUAAGUUUUCCAGUCCCCUUUUCCGAGCCUCCGUUGCACCUGGUUGACGAAGGAAAAAGGCAAAGCUCCUCCAGCUGAGGCAAUUUCGCUCUGUUCGCGAAGUUCAUUUCCACCUCUCUGUAUACGCCGGAGAAGCGAAGCGAAGCGCAGGCAAUGGCGUCUUGUGGCAAGAAGCUCAUCAACGACCCCAAUGAUGUCGUGACAGAGUUUAUCGAGGGUCUUGUGGAGUCCUAUCCUGGGAUGCAGUAUCUGGAUGGUUUCCCAGAGGUCAAGGUCGUCUUACGUGCUGAUGUUGCUGGUGCCAAAAAUGACAAAGUUGCAAUCAUAUCAGGUGGUGGAAGUGGCCAUGAACCAGCUCAUGCUGGGUUUGUUGGAGAAGGGAUGCUCACGGCUGCUGUAUGCGGAGAUGUGUUUGCAUCUCCGCAAGUUGAUUCAAUCCUAGCUGGCAUCCGAGCUGUAACCGGUCCCAUGGGAUGUCUUCUAAUUGUCAAGAAUUAUACCGGUGACCGUCUGAAUUUUGGAUUGGCUGCUGAGCAGGCAAAAUCCGAAGGUUAUAAAGUUGAGUCUGUAAUAGUUGGAGAUGACUGUGCUUUACCACCACCACGAGGCAUUGCUGGCAGAAGAGGUUUGGCAGGGACUAUUCUAGUACAUAAGGUUGCUGGUGCUGCUGCAGCCGCUGGACUUCCUCUUGAGGAUGUUGCUGAAGAAGCAAGGCAUGCAUCUGAAUUAGUUGGAACAAUGGGUGUCGCAUUGUCAGUGUGCACACUGCCAGGGCAAGUUACUCCAGAUCGUCUAGGCUUGGGAAAAAUGGAACUUGGGCUUGGCAUUCAUGGUGAACCUGGUGCUGCUGUGGCUGACAUUCAGCCUGUUGCGGUUGUGGUCUCUCAUGUUCUUAAGCAAAUUCUGUCUCCGUGUUCCAGGAAACUAAUUACGUUCCAAUUACCCGGGGCAGUCGAGUGGUGCUCAUGGUCAAUGGGUAGGCUUUUGUAUUCCUGAUUAGGUGCAACCCCUGCCAUGGAGCUAAUGAUUGCCGCCGGGAAAGCAGUCCCUCAACUGCAGCUGGAACAUGGUUUGGCUGUAGAGAGAGUGUACACUGGGUCGUUUAUGACCUCUCUUGACAUGGCAGGAUUUUCAAUUACUAUAAUGAAGGCCGAUCAAUCUAUUCUGCAACGCCUCGAUGCUGCAACUACGGCACCAUACUGGCCUGUCGGUGUAGAUGGUCUGUGAUAUAUUUCAAAUAUAUCUCCAAAGUUUUUCCUUUUACAUCUUAUCCUAGCUGAUGCAUAAGGUUGAGUGAUGUGAUGAUUCUGUGAUUCAAUUAGUGACCUGAAUUGGUCAUGUUUUCUGGUAAAACUGCUCUGAAGCUGUUAAAUUUAGAGCUGAUUAGAAUGUUCAAGCAGGAAAUUUGCCAUGUCCUACCCAAACUUGGUUGAACAUACUCUAUUGUUCUCAUGGAUAUCCUUAUAUAUAGGUAAUCGUCCACCAGCAAAGAUACCUGUUCCACUUCCUCAGUCUCCUUCAGCUUAAAAUGACGUGUCCUUGUGCCGGCCAGUUCAGCUGAGCAAACAAGGGAUCCUUCUUGAGGUGGCUAUUGAGGCAGCAGCAACUGCAGUUGUAAACCUUAAGGAUCCAUUAAAUGAAUGGGACAGCAAAGUAGGCGAUGGUGAUUGUGGAUCAACUAUGUACAGGGGCGCAACAGCAAUUCUAGAGGAUAUGAAGAAAUACUAUCCUCUAAACGACGCUGCUGAAACAGUAAAUGAAAUGGGAUCAUCUAUUAGCAGAGUUAUGGGUGGAACAAGUGGGAUAAUAUACACUAUACUUUGUAAGGCAGCAUAUGCAUACUUGAAAGCAAAAGCACAACCAGAUGUUACAUCACAUCAGUGUAAGCUGAGAUUCCUAAUCCAAUAGUCCUUUGUUCAACGCCCAUAACCCUAACUCUCCUUUCUGGAUCAGGGGCUGAAGCAAUGGAAGCUUCAAUAACUGCAGUGAGUAAAUAUGGUGGUGCUAUUGCUGGUUUUCGGACAUUACUAGAUGCUCUUAUUCCUGCUUCACAAGCUUUGCAGCAGAGUUUAAAGGCCGGGGAAGAUUCUGUCACUGCCUUUGUUCUUUCUUCAGAAGCAGCCUUGGCUGGUGCUGAAUCAACCAAACUGAUGCAAGCACAGGCUGGGCGUUCGAGUUAUGUGUCACCUGAGAUAGUUGCCUCAGUUCCGGAUCCAGGAGCUAUGGCUGCAGCUGCCUGGUACAGGGCGGCAGCACUGGCUGUCCGCAACACACUGGAGAGUUCGUUAUCUGCAGCUUCAUCUGCUCCAUAGCAAAUCAGAUUUCUCUUUUACGUCCACUGUCUGGGAUCGUUUACUAACUUUCUGUGAAGGAACCUUAUACACUCACACCUCCGGCUUCAUGCUUAAGCUCUCCGCUUCAUGUCUUUUUCCCCCCAUAGAAAGCUGAGAGAGCGAUGUCCCCUCCUCUGUUUCCCAUGUUUGGUGCGUUGCAGAGUUUCAAUACCAGCUUUGUAACUGUGAUCGGUAUGUUUGGAAGUCGAACAAUAUCGUAUCCUAAGCCUAUGCUUCCUUUGUCAUUGUAGUUUGGGUAAAUAGAUCCCACUAGGAUCAUUACCUGGGCGUGUCUAAGCCUAUCACAGGGGACAGCUUCAAUACGGAAAUGAUGUCUUGGAAGGGCAUAAUCUGGAUGGUGGAAAUAGGUGAAUUUAUCAUAGUUAUUUAUUAUUAGUAAUUAAACAAGAAUUAAAAGUACACUAUUACAAUCGAAUAAACAGUUCAAAGCUUGAUAAAUGAAAU